AUGCAAUCAAGAGAGGAGAGGAGAGCUGAGUCACCAUCAGGUCUAGUCCUCACCACCGAUCCUAAGCCUCGCCUUCGCUGGACCGCAGAGCUUCAUGAACGCUUUGUUGACGCCGUCACUCACCUUGGAGGCCCUGACAAAGCUACACCUAAGACGAUAAUGAGAGUGAUGGGCGUGAAAGGUCUUACACUUUACCAUCUCAAGAGCCAUCUCCAGAAGUUCAGACUUGGAAAACAGCCUCACAAGGAGCAUAGUCAUGGCCACUCCAUCAAUAUUAAGGAUACUAAUAGAGUUUCCAUGUUGGAUCUUCAAAGGAAUGUUGUAUUCACUACUCCACACAUCAUUGGUCACAAUAUGAAUGAGAUGCAAACUGAAGUGCAAAGAAGAAUAGAGGAAGAGGUAGAAUUUGAAAGACAGGUGAAUCAAAGGAUAGAAGCACAAGGGAAAUACAUGGAGAGCAUGCUGGAGAAAGCAUGUGAGACACAAGAAGCAAGCCUUACUAAAGACUACUCUACUCUCUUUUUCACCCCAAACACUAUUUGCAACAACACAUCACCCCUCACAAUCCAAUGGUUCGAGGAUCAGUUUCCUUCUUCUUCCUCUAUGGACUCUACGAUGCAUCUCCCUGAUAUCAAUUCCAACUUCUCCCUCCAAGAUUCUCGGAGUUCCAUCACUAAGGACCAUACGGUUUGCCUUGGUUAA